UGAAAACUUGCAGAACGCAUUCAACACUCUUAGCGAACAGUUUAGCGCGAAGGGGAGUUUUCGUAAAAUUUUCAUUAUUUUAUGUUUACUUAUUAGUUUUACCAUUCGUUUAAUUUUAAUUGUUGAUAUUGUGUUUAAAGUCGAUCAAUUGUACCGUAUAAAUAGUGCCUGUGUUUGAGUGUAUAUUUAAUGAAUCUUUUAAUAACAACGUUACUGCUGCUACUGGGCUGCAGCGCUGUCAUUAGUGAACCCCCAGAACCGUCUUAUCGCCUAAGCAAGAAUGUUAUACCCAUAUCAUAUGAUAUUUGGCUGAGACCAUAUCUCUCAGUCAGCGAUAGAGAACGCCGAUACACUUAUAAUGGGGAGGUCAACAUAACAUUACAAUACAGCAAAGGGCAGGAAAUCACUUUACAUAAGAAUAUUAUUGAAAUAACUGCCAUUUGGCUGUACAAAUACAACAACAAUACGCCUUUAAUCAUACAGACAUUUGAUACAAAAGAAUUGAUCUACGAUAACAUAACACAAAAGUUAACAGUGCCUUUAAGAGAUGAGCUAAAGCAGUACGACAAAUACAUGUUACGCUUUGGGUUCUUGGGACAAAUACGCGAUGGCAUGCAAGGCUUUUUCCGCGCCAAUUACACUGACGAAAACAAGAARGAGAAAUGGAUCGGGGUAACACAGUCCCAGCGUAUCGAUGCACGCAGCAUAUUCCCUUGUUUUGACGAGCCCGAUUUUAAAGCUACAUUCCGCUUGGAAGUGAGUCGGCCAAUUAAAUACAGGACAGUGUUCAAUGCAGAGUUAUUGGAGAGUAUACCAGAUGCUUCCAGCUUUAAUCGCUAUUUAGACAUCUUUGCUCCGACGCCACCUAUGUCCACAUAUUUAUUUGCAUUUAUGGUUACUGAAUACGCAACAUAUGGCAAUGAUGAUAUUAAAGUAAUUACGCGUGCAGAACAUCAAAAUUAUACACACUUUGCUUACGAAGUGGCUAAGCGAGCUUUAAAAGCUUACGACGCAUACACCCGUCUACCAUACAAGCAAUUAGGACUGCCUCUCAUGCAAAUUGCKACAUCACCGAAAUUCCCACAUAAUGGAAUGGAAAAUUGGGGUUUAGUUAUUUAUAAAGAGGAAGUGCUAGUACASCUGCCUGGCUACAAUGAUGGCUGGUCAGACAAAGAGUACACGCUCACSAUAAUUGUGCAUGAGACAGCGCAUAUGUGGUUCGGCAAUAGUGUGACAAUGGAGUGGUGGAGUUACUUCUGGUUAAAUGAGGGAUUCGCGCGCUACUAUCAGUACUUCUUCGCGCACCAGCUAUAUCCGGAGUAUCAAUUAGAUCAGCAAUUUGUUAUAAAACAAGUGCAUUUGAUAUUUGAAAUAGACGCUACGAACCGUACCCAACCGUUGACCAGUCUAGCUACAAGUGUAAAUAGCCCGGAUGAAAUCGGUGAAAAAUUUAGCAGCAUCACUUAUGUGAAAGGCGCAGCUAUUCUGCGUAUGAUGGCCAAUUUAAUGGGUGUGAAUAAUUUUGAUAAUGCCAUACGCGAUUACCUAAGAAGAUAUCAUUUGAAAAACACCAAACCAGAACAGCUCUUUAAACAUUUGAAAAACCAUUGGCCUAUCAUGCCGCCAGUUCAUUUGGAACAGUUCUUCUCCGAUUGGACCGAACAAGUCGGAUAUCCGGUACUGUUAGUCAAUAUCAUUGCUAAAGGUCAAAUCAGGCUAACACAGAAGCGUUUUUUGUUGGAUCCCCAUGAUGCUAAGACUGACAUACUCACAUAUACUAUACCACUUACUUAUACUACUGACAAGGAGCGCAAUUUCGAUAACCUCACAGCACGUUACUAUAUACAAAAGGACAACGAUAUGUCUUUAGUUUUUGACAAACCUUACAAAUGGAUACUAUUCAAUUUACACCAGUCCAAUUAUUAUCGUGUGUUCUAUGAUAAAUCUUUAUUGGGGCUACUUAAAACGGCGCUGGCCACAACAAAUCACAGCGGCAUACCAAUCAUAAAUCGCGCACAGCUGAUCGAUGAUUUAUUUCAUUUCGCAAUCGUCGGCAUGGUGAGCUACGAUGAAGUAUUUGAGUUUACGGAAUACCUGACAUAUGAAACCGAAUAUUUGCCUUGGUAUGCAUUUUUCACAAACGUGCAACACGUAGCACAGCGUUUUACAUUGGAACAGCAAACGUUGUUUAGUAGCUACUUGCGUUCUAUUAUGUCUAAUAUAUAUAAACAUUUGGGCGUAAAACGAAGCAAUGAUACAGUACUCGACAUUUACAAUCGCAAUAUGGUCAUCAACUGGGCAUGUAAAUAUCAUCUGUUCAAUUGUGAUCGUGAAAUGGUAGAGUACUUCAAUGAAUUAUUGGGAACCUUCUCUAAGGCGCCAGCAGAUUUUCGUGAAACACUCAAUUGUAAUGCUAUAAGGGAUAGCCAACUUUCCUUUUAUGGAACUCUCGACCARUGGUUCAAAAAUGAGAAAGUGGUUAGUGAAAAACAGAAGCUCAUGCGAGCAAUGAGCUGUACGCGGUUUUUCCAUGAAACACAAUACAUCAGAAUACUCAACGGUGAUAUACCCAAUGAAUAUGCCAGUAUGAGUAUAACGGAAAUGUAUAAACAGAAUCCCGAAAAUGUAGAACAUGUCUUAUACAUGGUCACUACUAGUAUUGAACAUUUAGUACUCAGGGUUGGUGGCUGGGCGAACCUUGCUGACUUAAUUAAAGAUCUCGCGAACUACUUAACCACGCCAAAGCAGAAACGAGUACUGGAGGAAUUCGUGGAGGCGCAGGCCUUACAUUUCGGUUCUUCUGUUUCAGUUCUUCAUGAAGCCAUUGCUAACGUCAAAACAAAUCUUGAGUGGGCGAAUUUGCACCUGCCAAAGCUAAUCCAAUACUUAGAAAAGCGAARUGGUGCUGGAGUAAAGAGCAUAACGACGAUCUUGCUGAUUUUCGUAAGCGUUGUGCAUAGGUUUCUUUUAAUUUUGUAUAUAAUGAAAUUAUGUGUAACAACUCUGCUGCUGCUUUUGGCGUUAAGCGCCAUACUUUCGGUCAACGCUUACAAAGGCGAACCAGUCUAUCGCCUGAACACAAACAUUCGGCCUGAGUCAUAUACAGUUGUAUUGAAGCCAUAUCUCUUAGUCUCGGAUGGACCACAACGUUUCACUGUUGAUGGUGAAGUUUUCAUAACAAUAAGAGUGAGAGGCGAGGACGUAAGUGAAAUUACCUUGAAUGCGCACCAAAUUGAAAUCACAAGUGCUUCGCUAUCUGACAAUAGCAUAAAUGCUGGAAGGCUCAUACAAACGUUUAGUACAGCCGAUUUGAACUACGAUGAAACUGCACAGAAAUUAACACUGAAAUUGCAGAAAGAACUGAUGCCGAACGGCUUGUAUCUACUACAYCUCGAGUACGUUAGUCAAAUACGUAACGAUCAAAAAGGAUUUUUUCACGUCAAUUAUACUGACAACAGCGGYAACGAAAAAUGUGUCGGUCUAACGCAGGCKCAACCCAUCAAUGCGCGCAUGAUAUUCCCCUGCUUUGAUGAGCCCAGCUUCCGAGCGCACUUUAGCUUGGAAAUGAGUCGGCCAGCUAAUUACAAUACCGUUUUCAAUACGGCAUUAAUGGAAACCACGACAGAUGGUGAAGAACGCUUUUGGGAUCGUUUUGGUUCAUCUCCAGCAAUGCCUACAUAUUUAUUUGCAUUUAUACUUUCUGAGUUCGUUUCUCAUGGCAGUGAUACUUACAAAAUAGUAACACGUGUAGAGCAUGAGAAUAAGACCGAUUUCGCUUAUAAGGUGGGCGAACGUGCGACAAAUGCUUUUAACGAGUACUUUCAGAUACCUUAUAAAAAGUCGAUAUCUUACAUGCAACUCGCAGCAGCGCCGAAUUUUCCAUUUAACGGUAUGGAGAACUGGGGUUUAAUGAUCUACAAAGAGCAUGUGCUGGUGCACGAACCUGGCUACACCGAUGACUGGUCCAACAAACAGUUCACUCUCUCAAUAAUUUUCCACGAAAUUUCGCACAUGUGGUUCGGCAAUAGUGUCACAUACAACUGGUGGAAUCAUUUCUGGCUAAGUGAGGCAUUCGCGCGCUACUUUGAGUACUUCAUGGCACACAAGCUCUACUAUGAAUAUAGAUUAGCUGAUCAAUUUGUGGUGAAUGAAAUGCAUUUGGCAUUGAGUUUAGACGCCUCUAAAAGCACGCAACCUUUGACUAGUCCGGACGAAGAAAUACAGUCACCAUCGGAAAUUGGUUAUAAAUUUAAUACUGUCACCUAUACAAAGGGUGCAUGUAUAAUACGUAUGAUGGCCACUAUAAUGACCCAACCGAACUUUGACAAAGCCAUAAGAGAUUAUCUUGAAGAAUUUCUGUAUAAAAGCACCACGCCAGCAGACUUAUUCAAACACAUCGAAAACAAUUGGCCCACCGCGACWCCUAUAGAUUUGUAUCAGUUCUUUUACGAUUGGACCGAACAGGUUGGAUAUCCAGUACUCUUCGUAAACGCCAGCGUGGAAGGUGUUGUUACGCUGACGCAGGAACGUUUCCUGUAUGACUCCGGUGAUGGUAGUAACAAGUCACUCACCUAUGUCAUACCAAUUAGCUAUGCCACAGAGCAUGAACGAGAUUUCAGCAAUUAUAAUUUUCCACGUUUUUAUUUCUGGAAAGUCGAUAACAUGACAAUUAGCUUUGACAAGCCCGUCAAAUGGAUCAUCUUCAAUCUAUUUCAAACCAACUACUACCGCGUCUUCUACGAUAGAACUACUUUGCUUAAUAUUAAAGCUGCGCUAAUGGAGCCGCACCACAGCGAAAUACCAGCCGCAAAUCGCGCGCAGCUAAUCGAUGACUUAUUCAAUUUUGCACGCGUCUCCAUKGUGGACUAYGAGACGGUAUUUCAGUUUUUAGAGUACUUAGCGAAUGAAAYAGACUACUUGCCCUGGCAUGCAACRUUYACGAAUUUACCGCGUGUGACACAACGUUUAACGCGGCAGCAACAAAAGGAUUUUGCCGAAUUUCUAAAURUCACCAUGGUUAAGGUCUACACCCAUCUGGGCUUUACACUGACUAAUCUCACCAUCCUCGAUACAUACAAUCGAAAUGAGGUCAUUAGCUGGGCAUGUAAAUAUCAUUUAUUCGAUUGUGAUAAGCGAGCUCAGCUACUAUUUGAUAAGUUCAAGAAGUCUGGCACAAAACCGGCUCCAGAUUUCCGCGAAACAUUCUAUUGCAGUGCGACGAGAGAAGGAACAUUUGCCUACUAUCAAACGUUAAAAAACAGGUUCGACGAUGAAAAACUGGUUAGUGAGAAGAAGAAGAUAAUACGYGCCAUGGGCUGCACGGGACACUUGUAUGAAUAUCAUUUUGACAAAAUUAUCAGUGGCCUUAUACCCAAGGAAUACGCUAUGGAUGCAAUUACGUCGAUGUAUACACAGAAUCCGGACAACGUGCGAUCUAUAUUCAUUAUGCUCACUAACUCCAUCGAGAAGUUAGCGGAAAUUUUGGGCGGCUAUUCGAAUGCGGCCAAUUUGAUCAGUGACAUUGCAAAUUACCUAACCACACACGAGCAGAAGAAAUUAUUGGAAGAUUUUGUGAAGACAAAUGGCACACUUUUUGAGAGCUCCGUACCGAAACUACACCAUGCUAUCUACGUUGUGGAUACUAACUUAAAGUGGGCGGAAAAGCGUUUACCGAGACUUAUCAAAUAUUUGAAGAAAUCGAAUGCUGCGUCUAUAAGCAGCUUAACUGCUUUUUCGCUUAUAUUCAUAAGUUUUAGCCAAGAAAUUUGUUGUUAAUUAUUUUGCUAUUAAUUAGUUUUUUACGUCGCUUUUAUGUUUAUUUGUCGACGUCAACAUUAUAUUUCUAUAAUUUUCUUAAGUCUUGAGCUUUUUAACAUUCUAUUAUAUUAAACAGUUUACAGCUUCGAUUUCAUAAAGAUGACGUUUUGGGUAUAAUUAGAACUGAACUGAACUGAAUAUUACUCAAAUAUAUUUUAUGAUUUAA